UCUGGCGGCCGCUCCGCCACGUGAUAUCCGGCGAUGAAGUGGACCAAUUCAGUGGUGGAGGGUCCAAACACGCCGUCCUCCCAUCGAUUGCUUUCCGGUCUUGGACGAGCUGUGUUUCUCGUUUUGAUUGAUGUCCAUGUUAGGUAACCAGUCGGUCUUCCCUUUCGAGACAGCAGUCGAUCACCAGGCGUUCACGAUGCCUCAACUUCAGCCAACCGUAGCGUUUCGACGCCCCUGCUCUACGGUUCACCCACAUCCAAGACUGCAAAAAUGCCUUACUUCUCUAGAUUGAAGUUGGUCAUACCUAAGACGACUUGAUAGCUAUAUAUUCAGUAUGCCUUCCACGAUGAAUUCCAAUAUCCUGCUCUACACAGAUCAAUGCAAUCAAAGCAACCAUAGCAACACCAACACCAACACCAACAACCAUCUCCUUCUUCGCCCAUCACCUCACAAGCCAUUAUGACGAGCUCACUUGAACUCCCUCCCCUGAACAUGGGACCAGGCAGACUGUUCAUAAACUCUCAGUUCUGUGCCACGGCCCGAACGCCACCAAAUGACCUCUCCCUCUCCGGGAAGACGGCCAUCGUUUCGGGAGCCAACAUCGGUCUGGGCUUCACUGCCGCACGCCAGAUGCUCGACCACAAUCUCUCACGCCUUAUCAUCGCCGUUAGAUCCGCUGAAAGAGGAGAGGCUGCUGCGAAGACCCUGAGAGCAAGUCAUCCCGACGCUACGAUCGAGGUCUGGUCUCUGGACAUGCUCUCGUACAAGUCCAUCCAGGACUUUGCCAACCGUUGUUCCACCUUGUCCCGGAUUGACUACGUCAUAUUGAACGCCGGCAUGGUCCAAGAAGACUUCAGGCUCUCUCCAGCAGGCCAUGAGCAUGUCUUUCAGGUGAACUACCUGUCGACUGCCCUUCUCACUAUCCUUCUCUUGCCAGUCUUGAAGUCCAAGAAAACUUCGGGCCAGCCGAACAGAUUGACAAUCGUCAACUCGGGCACUGCCUUUAUGGCCAAGUUUCCGGAGCAGGACAAAGUUCCCAUGAUAGCCGCAUUCGACGACGAGAAGGCUUUCAAUGCCACCGACAGAUACUCGACGUCGAAACUCCUGGGUCACCUCUUCAUCAUCAAGCUCGCCGAACACGUCCGAAGGGAAGAUGUCGUCGUAAACCUCGUCGAUCCGGGUCUCUUGAUGCAGCUGUCGUUAGAGGAGAAGAAACUCACGGAAGCUAUCUGAUGGAUUGGAAAAUCUUUCCGUAAGUGCU